AUGGGAGCUGAAGAAGCUGUUUUAAAUGCCACACGGAAUUGUAUUGCCAAUAACUCUACUAACAUAGCUGAGGAGACUCAUUUUUCCGGGCCGCUCAUGGUUUUUCUAGGGGUAAUGAUGGGAACGUUGGUUGUGGUGACAGUCGCAGGUAACGCGCUGGUCAUAUUCGCUUUCAAAGUUGACAAAAGUUUGAGGAGGCAAAGCAACUAUUUUUUCUUGAAUCUUGCCAUUUCCGAUUUUCUCGUUGGUGCUUUCUGCAUUCCUGUGUACAUCCCAUACAUCCUUUCGGGUCGCUGGAUGUUGGGUAGGGGACUGUGUAAACUGUGGCUGGUCAUGGACUAUCUCCUGUGCACGGCGUCCGUUUUCAGCAUCGUUCUCAUCAGCUACGAUCGUUUCCUGUCUGUUACGCAAGCGGUCUCGUACCGUGCGAAGCAAGGCAUGACAAAGCAUGCUAUUGGGAAGAUGGUUGCCGUGUGGGUGCUGGCCUUUCUCUUGUAUGGGCCUGCCAUCCUCUUCUGGGACCAGGUGUCGGGCCGGAGCUGUGUGCCCCCAGACGAGUGCUUUGCUGAGUUCUACUACACCUGGUAUUUCCUGCUGAGCGCCUCGACGCUGGAGUUUUUCUCCCCCUUUGUGUCUGUGGCGUUCUUCAACCUCAGCAUCUACCUCAACAUCCGCCGGAGGAGGAGGCUGUGUGGUUGCCGUGGUGGUUGCCGUGGCGGUGGUGGUGUUGGUGGUACCCGGCAGCCCCAGCCAGCUGCUGCCCAGGAGGUCUCCUCCUCCUCGCCAGCCGAGAGUGUGCGCCUUUCCUCCCUCUUCUACCGCCAGUCACUGCUGAUCGCCGUCAAGAAGACGGCGUCGCCUGUUCCAACAACACCCCCGCCGACACAGACACCAGCAACUGAGGCGUCGAAUCAGCACAACCACCAGGACGAGGAGAAGGGCUCGUUGGACUCGCAGAUGUCGUCGCCUCCCGUGAGCCGGGUGGGCAGCUGCGGCGGCGGCGCCCGUCGCUCGCGCCUCUCGCGGGACAAGAAGGUGGCCAAGUCGCUGGCGGUGAUCGUGUGCGUCUUCGCCGUGUGCUGGGCGCCCUACACGCUGCUGAUGAUCAUCCGCGCGGCCUGCAAGGGCGACUGCGUGGCGCACCACUGGUACGAGGUGACCUUCUGGUUGCUGUGGCUCAACUCCGCCAUUAACCCUUUCCUCUACCCAGUGUGCCACAGCAGCUUCCGCAGGGCCUUCGCCAGGAUCCUGUGCCCAAGGUGGCGCAGGGCCAGCAGGCACCACGUCAAGCCUCCCUAGUCCCUAAGAGAGUCCCCUGAGCAGUUCCUUUUUUUCUAUCUCUUACCUACCGUAUGUGGGAUAAACAACAAUCCACAAAGUACAUUUAUGUUGUUCAGGGUUGUGUUUUUCAAAAGCGUAGUUGCUAUCAAGUUAGCAACUUGGGUAGUUCCCAAUGGGAAAUUGCACUGCAAACAACAAAGUAGCUAAGAUAGUUAGCAACUAUGGUUUCGAGAAAUGCAGCCCUGUUUUGGUAUCACAUCAGGAUACUGUGGAAUCAUCUGCAAGAACAUUGACUUUUUUUAAAUGCAUAUUGUAUGAUGUGGUGUUGUUUUUUUAGUAUUAUUUGCUAUCAUUCAACUGUAUCAGUUCACUUGAAUUUGUGCAGCCUUUUGUAACUUGUCACUUGCAUGUCAUUUGGGAUUCAUGGGCCAUCCCUUUUACCUCAUUACAUAUAGAUCAUUGCUUUGGGGAUCAACUGAAGACAUGUAACAUACUUGGCCAUUACAUACCUAAAUGUAAGUAACUGUUUAAACACAUUUAUUUUGGACAUUUACGGUAUCUGGAAGACAGGCAGACAGACAUGCAUUCCUUAAUAUAUAACGAACUGCAUACUUUUUUUCCCCUCUUUGACAUUCGGCAAUGUGUGAAGCAUGCAGAGCUGAUUCGAGUAAUUACGUGGACAUCAUUCUGCAUUCAAGAUUUCUAGUAAGUGUGGAACAGAACAUACAGUAUCUGUUUAUUAUGUCCACUUACACGGCAUAUGAAUGUGUUUUGUGACCAAUUACCAACCAAUUAUUUAUUGUGUGAUGAAACCAAAACUUUAUUUAAAUUUAAAUAGCAGUAGUACAUUACUUUUUCUCACCAUGAAAUGAAAUCGAAAUAUGGCACUCAUAUUGAGAGAUUUAUUGCAUAUUAAACUUAUGGACAAGUAUCAUGUAAUCUGUGAUGGGAUACAUUAUACAGCUAACUCUGACAACAUUGUGUCACUCUGACAUGUGAUUUUAAAAAACACAUAUCGUCACUUUGUGAUGUCCACUUUUUGUCUUUUAAAUGUGUCAAUAGGAUUACAUACUAUGGCCAAAGUCUUGAUGUAUUGGUCAAUGUAAUCUAGUUGAUAAAUCACAUUGAGAACAUUUGUAUUGAGAAUUCAGAAGUAUAAAUGCACUAAAUGGAUAGCAAUCAGCAUGACAUCAUAUUGCAAAUAAUAUGGAAAGUUCAGAUUGCACACAGAGAUGUGUAUAACCUGUGGGAUAGCCGAUGUGACUCUGUAAUCUAUUGUAAAUAAUUCAGCAAUUAUCAGCUGAAUGGGAACUUGCACUGGAGAUAUAGAUGGUGUACAAAACAUCAUUAUGAGGAAUGUGUGGCAAAUGAUUGCUGUGUGUUACUCCAGAAAUAAAAUUUU